UUGUUUCCCUACACACAUGCCAAGCUCUGCCUUAAGUCGAGCAUUCGGUGAUUGUUUCCGGUCCACACUUUCACACAAUGAUUUCGCGGACUGGAUUCACUUCCCAUCUUCCGUCAUUAGACCUGGUUCCAUCGUCUUCUGUUUUUAAUUGGAUGUUCGACAAACUUCAACUUCCGAGCUUUCGGAUAGCGGCUACGAUUUCUUGUAUAUCUAGGAUGUAUAAAUAUUCAUUCCGCGCGACAUCUUCAAGCUAAAGUCCGAGAAGAUGCUUCCGCCUUCGGAAUUCAGUCAACCGCCUUCCAAACGUUUCAAUGUUGCCGUAGUUGGAGGCGGUCUAGGUGGCCUGAUACUAACUUUUUCCUUAUUGUCGCAACGGGUACCAGUGACCUUAUACGAAGCAGCCUCAAACUUCGGUGAAAUAGGAGCAGGAGUAUCGAUUGGGCCCAACGCCAGCAGAGCUUUGAAGCUUAUUUCACCUCACCUCUAUGCAGCGUUCGAAUCUCGGGCUACGCGCAAUCAAUCUAAGGAUCAUGCCAACAUUUGGUUUGACUUCCGAUAUGGCGAAGACUGUGGGGGUAAAAGGAAUGUUUCGGAGAAGAUCACGAGCUUGUAUUGCGAAGGAGGUCAAGCCAGUGUCCACCGAGCUCACUUCUUGGACGAGUUGGUCAGGCUGCUGCCAUCCGGCGUGGCAAAAUUUGGCCAUAGAGCUCAAAGCUUUACAGACGAGGGUACAAAUGGUGUUCUCAUUCACUUUCAUAACGGAGUGACAGCCAGGCAUGAUGCAGUGGUCGGGUGUGAUGGCAUCAAGAGUAAAAUACGACCAUCAUUGCUUGGUCAUGGUCAUCCAGCCGCUUAUGCUGUUUAUUCUGGCAAAUAUGCGUACCGGGGCUUAGUUUCAAUGGAAAAGGCGAGGGAAGUUCUUGGCGAAGAGUUGAGUGGGAAUGCUCAAAUGUAUUUUGGUCGACACGGCCAUGUCCUGACUUUUGCUAUCGAGAAAGGUAGAACCAUGAAUGUGGUUGCGUUUUCGAGUUCUGGUUCUUGGGAUCAUGACGACUGGGUUGUCACUUUGACGCGUGAGGAGAUGGAUAAAGACUUCGCUCACUGGGGCGACAAAGUGCGAAGUAUUUUAGCUCUCAUGUCGAAAACUGAUGUGUGGGCUCUUUUCAAUCAUCCAGAAGCACCUACUUUCUAUAAAGGCCGCGCAGCAUUGCUUGGUGAUGCUGCACAUGCGAGUACACCUCAUAUGGGCUCUGGAGCGGGAAUGGCAAUCGAAGAUGCUUUCAUUUUAGGCAACCUGCUAGGGACAAUUGAUGACAGUGCUCACAUAGAGAAGACGUUUAAAGCAUACGACGCUGUGAGGAGGACGAGAGGCACUGAUCUCGUGCAAAAGAGUAGUGAGCAAGGUCGACUCUAUGACCUGGAAUUGGUUGGCGAUGAUCCAGAAAGGCUAAAGGAUGAAUUGGGGAAGCGGAUGCAAUGGGUUUGGAAUUUUGACAUUACCAAAGAUCUGGAGAAGGCGAAACAAAUGCUGCGAGACUUAUGAACAUCCAGAAAAAUUGAUCCAUACUCUUUUGUGACUUAAGACACUCUUCUCGAUAGCCAAUAAGAUUUAGCCUUUAUAU